GGUACGUACCAUCACAGUCUUUGCGAUAGGUACAUUUCCCCACGAAGUCAAGAUUAUAUUUUCUACUUUGCAUUGAUAAAAUAGUUUCAUCGCCAGUGAAUUAAUCUUAAAAUCGAUUGUUGUAGUAGUAUCUGUUGCAUUAGAUUGUGCCCCCUGGAGCCCUUCUGGGAGGGAAUAGUGCCUUGUUCCUUCGCUGCUGAACGUGAUUAAUUUCUCCCCGGCUAUGAUAACCAAAGCAUUGAAGUGGGUUGGAUUGGAUCUGUCAACUGAUAGAAACAGCGGCUUGUACUGUACUGUAGUAGGGAUGGCAAGAAUAUAGGAGGAAUUGAACAGACAUUUAAGGACCGGUCCUUGCCAUUCUGCCACCCAAGGUGAGACCAAAAGAUGCCGUCCCCGCAAAACUAGAAUAGUCACAGUGUGGUAGCCGAGGUCCAGGUUUCCCAGGAUGCCGUUGGUGAAGAGGAGUAUUGAGCCCAGGCACCUGUGCCACACGGUGCUGCCGCGGGGCAUUAAGAACGAGCUGGAGUGUGUGACCAAUGUGUCCCUUGCUAACGUCAUCCGACAGCUCAGCAGCCUCAGUAAGUACGCAGAGGAUCUUUUUGGGGAGCUGUUCAAAGAGGCCCACUCCUUCUCCUUCCGGGUCAACUCCCUCCAGGAGCGCGUGGACCGCCUCUCUAUCAGCGUCACUCAGCUAGAUCCUAAGGAGGAGGAGCUAUCUCUCCAGGACAUUACUAUGAGGAAGGCAUUUAGGAGCUCCACCAUCCAGGACCAGCAGCUGUUUUCCCGCCAGUCGCUGCCCAUCCCCCUGCAGGAGACGUUUGACCUCUGCGAGCAGCCACCACCCCUCAACAUCCUCACACCCUACAGGGAUGAUGGUAAGGAGGGGCUGAAGUUCUACACAAACCCCUCCUACUUCUUUGACCUGUGGAGAGAGAAGAUGCUGCAGGACACAGAGGACAAAAGGAAAGAGAAGAGGAAACAGAAGUUGCAGGACCCCGGCAUGUAUGAUCAGGUCUAUAGGUACUUAGACCUCCCAGGGCAGGUAAGGGGAAACAACAGUACUCUGGAGACUGAGAAAGUACCCCGGGCUCCUCACGACCGGAAGAAGGAGUGGCAGAAACUGGCGCUGGGGGCGGAGCUAGCUGAGGACGACUCUGAGGAGGCCUUGAAAGAAAGAGAGGCUAACGGCUCUGCCACCUUCCACGACAGGUCUGGAGCUCCUAUGUACUUGGAAGGGAUGGACGGGCCGUUCUCCCUAGCAGCGCUGCCCUACAGUCAAAUGAACGAGCUGCUGAACCGUCCUGGGGACAGAAUGUACACACGACCCCACGACCCCCCACCACUGCCCCCAAUGCAUCCUCUGGGAGACAUCAAACCUCUCUCUCUCCUCAGCUCCAGUUCAGGUUUUUCAGACAGCAGACCCCAGUCUCCAGCACAGAUGCAUGGCUUCAAUUCCAACACCCCUCCCCCUCCACCUCCCCCCUUGCCUCCUCCACCUCCCCCCUUGCCUUCCAUGUCCAGCUCUGGCCCACGGGGCACCCCUCCUCCCCCUAUCCCUCCUCUACCAGUCCAGCAGCAGACCCCGGCCAUCCCCCCUCCCCCCGCCCCCCUCCAGAUUGCCCCUGGCGUCCUCCACCCUGCCCCUCCUCCCGUGGCUCCUCCCCUCCACCUCUCCUCACCGGCACGCCUCCAACAGAUCCUGGACAAGGGCCCGCCCCCUCACCAAUCAGAUGGCACUGUACUGCCCCCGCCCCCUCCUCCUCCUCUGCCCCUCCCAGGAGCACGGAUCUCCUCCCCCUGCCCGCCAGGCCCGCCCCCCGUGCCUUCCUUCCUGUCAGGUGCCGUGGGGUCCCCAGCCUCUCACUCCAGUGGGAAGAAACAUUCUGCCAGCCUGCCGCCCAUCAGUGACGCACGCAGCGUCUUAUUGGAGGCCAUCCGCAAAGGUAUCCAGCUCAGGAAGGUGGAGGAGCAGAGGGAGCAGGAGGCGGCCAAACACGCGCGUGUGGGGAACGACGUGGCCACCAUCCUGUCCCGACGCAUCGCCGUCGAGUACUCCGACUCGGAGGAUGAGUCGGAGUUCGACGAGGGAGACUGGAUGGAGUGAACGAGAAGGAGGGAGAGGAGAAAAGAAGGGGACAGAGGGCAAAACUGUCACUCAACUGUACCCCCUUUCGAGACGUCAGAAGUUUGUCCUUACAACUGCUCUCCUCUGUCAGUCCUGUUUUACUUUCAUACACUACUCUACUCAUACACUACUCUACACUACUCUACACCUCUCUCUCUCUCUCUCUCUCUGUUAAUUACUGUUCUUCUAUGUGUGUUCGGAUGAAAAGCUCCACGUCAGUUGUAUGUUCCAUGUGUUCUGGUCGGGUUAUGUUUUUAUACUCAUUUUUCUACACUACUGCACAUCGUUCAGUUGCUGUCAUGUUAUUUUCCUUCUUUAUCCUCCAAUAUUAUGAAAUCCUCCUCGUGUACAGUUGUUUCAAAAAUAACCUUUUAAGAAAAAACGUUUUGUUUUGUUUUCCUGUUUGUUUCUCGCUGUUCAGUAUUAGCGUAACAAAGUGGCAUGACACUUAUGUCCUUAGUUCUGUCCUGCCUCCUGGUGGGCCAAAGUGGAGAUGAAUGGAUUCUGUAUUUUAUUAUCUCUUCUUGGAGUUUCAUUUCUAACCAGAAAAACACAUGCAGUUUUUAAAUGGGCCAGUUGUUGCCAAUAUGAACUACUUGAAGGAUGGUAGCCAUCCUGUAUACCAGUCGGCUGUGGUUAUUUGCUGAUGUGAUUUAUUGGAGUUGUUCUGUGUUUUAUAUCAUCCGGAUUUGACUUAUCACCUUAGAACAAGGAAAAUAUUGUGAUGAUGAUAUGUUAUGUGAUAAUUGUUGUCUGAUUCUGAUGAUGAAGAUAAAGAAGAAUUAUAGUGAGAUAUUAGAAUAAUCAGAACCACUUAACAGUAGUGUCCCACUGGGAACACAGGUUUAAUCAACGUUGUUUCCACUUAAUUUCAAUGAAAUUAUGUUGAACCAACGUGGAAUAGAUGUUGAGUUGACGUCUUUGCUCAGUGGGGUCUGAGCAAUAGGAACCACUUUUAGAAGGCAGAUUAUUUCCUGGGUUCCCUCUCUGUGUGUCAACUAACGAGAAGCCCUUACCUCGUUUGACUCUAGAACACUAAAUAAGGGCUCUAUUCAAUCUGUAUCGCUGAAGCGUUACAGAUUGUGCAAUACACAUUUUAAGAUAAUUUCCAAUUGAGCCGACAGGUGCUGCGUUUACUGUGAAUGCAGUCUCCGUUAACUUGGUAAAAUUGCCUUUACAUUUCAAUCACGCUGGAAUGCUGAUCUUCAGCGAUACACAUUGAAUAGAGCCCUAACAGUUACUAUGAAGAAUUUAAAUGAAUUAACGCCAUUAGUCUAGCUGUGUUUCUGCUGCCAAUGGGGUGGGGCCAUGAUGAGAAAGAAGGAUUCAUCUGCCUUCACAGCUCCCUUUGAAGAUGCCUGCAGUCCUUUUCUUUCUUUUGUUCUUUCUUCUACUUGCCUUAUUGUUUGUACAGACAUAUCGUUGAGUUGAUGAAUGUAUUGUGCUGUUAAUACUUUUUGCCUGUUCUGGUAUGAAUUAACUGUUUCUAUAUUUGGGGAGUGGGAGAGAGGAAAAUGAACCCUGGGUUCAAACAAUAUGCUGUAUAACAUGUAACUGUUGACUGUAACAGUUUGCUUGAGUUAAUAAAAGCUAAUGUUAUGUUUCAGGA